AUAAAAUUUACACCUUGAAAGCGGAAGUCUUGUCAAAACGAAACAAGGAUUACAGUUGUCUGACAGGCGAAGGACGCUCUCUCGCGCCCUGUGUUCAAACCAUCGGCACCAACUCAGUUCCAAGCUUCGCAAUGUCUGGUGAGAGCCGAGAAUCUGGAUAUGUGGACAACUGGCAGUCAGGGAAGACUGUCACAGAGUGUAAUCUGUGCAUGCUCGACACGGAAGACUUCUGUGACGUCACUUUCCUGUUGGGGUCAGAGAAACAGGUGGUCCGAGCUCACCGCUACGUUCUUGUCAGUCGCAGCUGUGUCUUCCAUGCAAUGUUUUGUGGCCCCCUUGCGGAGAAAGGGGAGGUAACCAUUCCUGACAUUGCGGCAGACAUCUUCAAAGAGUUCCUGAGGUAUGUGUACACAGAGAAGACUACUAUCAACACUGAAACAGUCACAGGACUAAUGUACACCUCCAGGAAAUAUUCUCUGGAUGCAUUGUACGAUCUGUGUGUAACGUUUCUGGAGACGUCCCUGUCAGAAGACAAUGUCUGCCAGAUCCUAGAGCAGUGUCAUGGUUACGGGGAGGUAGACCUGGAACAGAAGGCCCUGAAUAUCCUGACUGAAGGAGGGGAGAGUGUCAUCAAAUCUCCAGGGUUUGUAGAUCUUUGUCCUUGUUGUCUGGAAAAGUUCCUCAAAUCAAACACUCUGAACCUGAGAGAGUCAGACAUAUUUGAAGCAGUCGUGUCCUGGACAAAGGAGCGGUGCAGGAAGGAAGGUGUGAGAGACACGCCUGAGAACAGACGGAGACUCCUGGGAGAUAUGAGGUAUGAGAUCCGGUUUAUCAGCAUGACCCUGGAGGUCCUGGUGAAGGUUGUAGGCCGAUCUGGUGUGCUGACAAACAGUGAGAGAGUUCAGAUAAUUGACAGAUCUGUUGACUCGACUGUUGAUAUUUCUCCAUUUAAAACUGUACAGAGAAUGAAAUCAGGAGUUGCUCAGAUACAAGAGUCCAAUAUUUGUAAACAUGUAAGCAGAUUUCAAUAUAUGUCAGAAUAUUGGCAUUCUGCUAAAACACGUUGCAGGCAUGCUAUCUCGUUUUCUGUCACUCACAACAUUCACCUGAAAGGAUGUCAGCUCUACCGUGAACAGGGUAAUGAAGACAUCCUACUGAGUAUAAGGGUGAAUGACCAAAAUGACAUAGUUGUUGCUGCACCCUUAUGGAAGACAUGGAUGACUCGUCACAGCAACAAAGAGAUGACUGAUGUCCUAUUUCCCGAGUCUGUACUACUGCAGCCAAGCACAACCUACACUCUGUGUGUGGACCUACCUCCCGGUAACUAUUACAGGGGGGUUGAUGGAAAGAAGACUGUAACCAGUGAUGGAGUACAGUUCACCUUCUCACACUCCCCACUGGACACUGCAGGAACAUCACUACAGUGUGGAAACAUACCUGGCUUGAUAUUCAGCAUCCCAACAGAGAUGUAGUGUGUGAAUUCAUGGUGAAACUGUCAAUUCUUCCACUCAACCAUGGGAUGAGAUAAUGACCACAACAUUCAGCUAACAUCCUGUGUGCUGUUUGUACAGGAUUUGAUGUGAAUACUUUACUGAAAUUUGAAUUGGAUGUACUUUUAAACAACACUGACAGCUUGUGCAUUGUAUGUUACGUUCACAUGUAACAUCAUUUCCGUUU